AUGGUGGGAUUAGAUGUAAGUGCCAUGCUGGCCAAAGAGCGAGACAGCCAGAACUCCACACUAGUACAGAAAGACCAGGAGGUCGAACUGGAUCUGGGAUACCUAAUGUGUUACGAUUCAACACCAGUUGAUCUAAAAAUAGCGGAGAAGCGUAAUGCACAGAAGGAAGAGUAUAUACGUAGCCUUACCAGAGACAACACACAGUUGCUAUUUAACGCUAUAUGGGAAUUGCCUACACACGCCAAAGAGGAUGUAUAUCUGGCCAAAUUACCAAAAGGAAAGUUCAACCUACCCAGAGAGAAGGUCAUUCCUGAGGAAAAGCCAAAGACCAAAUGGGAACAAUUUGCGGAGACUAAGGGCAUCCAGAAGAUUAAACGAUCCAAGAUGGUCAUUGACGAGACUACACAGGAAUAUGCCCCAAGAUAUGGGUAUAAACGAGCGAAUGAUGACACAAAAGACUGGCUAAUUGAG